AUGCAAACCUCUUCUCGCAUCGAUGAGGUUGCCAAAACCGUCCCAGAAUCAGACCGCCUUGAGCAGUCGAAAUUGUUCGAAGAAGACAAAAAGGAGAUCUCUGUGCAAGAGGAAAACCUUUCUGGUAUCCGCGAAGAGCCGAAGAGUGACAUCCAAGAGAACAACCUCAACUUCAAUUUUUCAAAUGAACAACAACAAAGAAUUCCAUUGAACGAACCAAAGAAUAACAUCUUAAGAACAAAAGGAGCAAACAAACCAAGAAUCUCUGUUGCACAAACUGUUGGUACUUCAAAACCAGAAGUAAACGUCAAAGCUGAUGGAAAAAGACUUACCAUUUAUAACGCUCCCCAAAAAGAAGAAGGGUUAGCUGUUGAUAAAUCUUUCAACAUGUUCGGCCAAGUCGCCUUAGCGCCGUCUUCAAGCACAGCAACAAACGCUCUUGACGGUAAAAGAAUUAGACCGUCAAUAUUUGAAAAGGAGUCUGAUAAUAUAAAGGACAAAACCCAAACCAUCCCCCUCUUGCCAAGAGACGAAAAUAUGGCUCCAGCUUUUGCUUUUGACGCUAACACAAAACUUCCUGACGACGACACUCAACCAGAGAAAACAAUGAAGUUGGAACCAAAGAAAAUUCUUAAAUAUGAAGAUGACCACACACCAAGUAAACCACUUGAAGAUAUUGAAGUACACAGAGACCCGAUACCAGAAGACGACAGACCUCCUCUUGUUGUCGACCAUAGUAGCGAAUCCAUUGAGUACGUUGAAGAAAAACCACAAGUUGUUAUGGGACCAAAUGGCGGAUUUAAUAUCCCGGGACUUACCUUUAACUUUUCAAUGCCUUUAACUACAACAACCGCUCCUCAACCAACACAAAGUGAAAAUAAAACUGACACCAACAAUCUUUUCACUAUGCCGUUGUUUGGUGAUCAAAGUACAACAAACUUAUCAACCCCAACCGAAAAACAGAAUGAAGUGACAACUCAGUCCUCAAUUUUUGAUCUUAAACAAUUUUCGGGCAAGCAAGAAGCUAAUAAUAACGAAGCGGCCACAAAUAACAUGGGUUCUUUGGGAAAUUUCAACCUCCCAAUUUUCAACAUUGCCCCCGCAAGUGAACAAACACCAACAACAAAGCCGCUUCACGAUGACGAAGACAAAAUGAAGAACAUUUUUUCAAACCCUCUAUCAUCAAAAGAACCUUCAACCGUUGAUACAAAUAAAAAUGAGCCGUUUAUGUCAUGGGGUUGUUUAACAACGCCAGCAACAUCUUCAACAGAAACGAAAUUGGGCAAUAUAUUUGGGAAUUUAACCACCACAAAUCCACCCAAACCAGCCGAAAAACAGAACGAGAUGUUGAAUGAUUUUUCAACUGCAGGUAUUAAGCCAAUAGAACCUGCACCAUUUGGGAUGGAGCCUUUUGGUGUCAAAAAUGAACUUCGUACGAAGGGAAAAAGCAAUUCUUCUUCAUUACAAACAGAAUCUUCAAUGAAAAACGAUCCAAUAUCUCCAUUGGGUUCUUUUACUCUUCCAACAAAAACAGUUGAAACCAAUGAUAAGAAUAUCCAAACAGAGACUAAUGGUUUUGGUAAUAUUGGAAUGCCAACAUUAAAUUUCGGCACAUUAAACAUCGGUGGUUCACAACCUUUAACAACGACCUUGGGCAACAAUAUAUUUUCUUCAAAAGAAACUGGGUUCUCGUUUGGUGCAACUCCUUCGAACCCAUUUCAAAACACAACUUCUGGUGGAGAUGGACAACAAAAUCAAUUGGGAUCACAAGAAGCUGAAGACGAUAGAGCUGCUGCGAAAGAAUUAGAGGCCGAAACGGACACAAAAGAUUACACACUUGUUCAAUUAAAUUUAAAUGUGGACGCAAUCCCAUCAGAUACAUUGUUUACAGGAGUUGCAGCUUGCUGUAAGUUGUCCAAAACCACAAACGAAACAAACCAAGUGAUUGAAAAUAAAUGGAACUUAGUCAGUUCUUCCGUUAAAAUUAACGCAGUGAAAGAAAAGAAAGAUGGAAUAGCAAAAUUUACGAUGACAGUCGAUGAGUUUCCAAGACCACUUGCCAUCUCGAGAUUGGUUAAAGGUGCUUUUAUUAUACAGAAGAAAUUAUCCACAAUUGUCAUUAUUUCCCUCAUGAAAUACGACCAAGUCACACCUGAAAGAGAGUACUAUUCACUCAAAUUCAAUAGUGAGGCUGAGAGAGACAAGUUCUACGACUCUGUUACACCGUUUUUGAAUUGA